GUCUAUCCAGUCUUUCUUCGUAUGAAAGUCCUGACAUCACAGGAAUCAGUCUGGUGAACCUUCUCUGUACUCCCUCUAUGGCAAGAAUGUCUUUCCUCAGAUUUGGAGACCAAAACUGUACGCAAAACUCCAGGUGUGGUCUCACCAAGACCCCGUACAACUGCAGUAGAACCUCCCUGCUCCUAUACUCAAAUCCUUUUGCUAUGAACUUCAAACCAGCUGGUUUAUAAAAUGUAAUCUGUAUAAGCAAACUCUACAAAUCUUUCCCCCUGAGUUUAAGUGGCAUUUUUUUUGGACUUCGCGGGACGGUAUAGCUUUAAGAAUUUUUUUAAUUCCCCCGUGCGUUUCAGUGUUCUCCCACUGAAACUGUCAGACAACGAGGUCACGCCUACGGUUCUCCGAUACAAAUGAAGGCGAGUCGCUGACUCCCUUCGCUGUUGCAGUUCAAGAGACCAGAUCAGCUCUCCAAACCUCCCUCCCUCUCUCGCUCUCCCACUCGGUCUCUCUCUGUUCGAGUCAAUGUCCAGCGCUGACCCCAGAGGGAAGGAGUCGUGUAAGGAGAGUGGACACAGACAAACAGGGCAGCCUGUGUGAACUUUUAGGAAACUUUUUUCUGUGUGUGAGAGAGUGAGAGACAGCGAGAGGAGCGAGGGAAGGCACCACCGCGAUGAACGCCUCUUGUAAUGUUACCACCCAGAUUUCGGGCACCAGUAAUCCUCUGGUGAGCAUCCUACUGUUCGUGUUGGGUCUGUUGGGGAACCUUCUCGCCUUGAUCAUCCUCGGUGUACACAGAAAGGAACUCCGGGUCAAAUCUUCUGCUUUCUGUAUCCUGGUGACCGGCUUGGCUGUCACUGACCUGCUGGGAACUUGCAUCCUCAGUCCCAUCGUAUUUGUUGAAUACGCGCAGAUGAAGUCCAUGAUCGGCUUGGUUGAAGGCCGCUCCCUGUGUGACCUCUUCUCCGGCGCUGUCAUCUUCUUCGGGCUGGCCCCGACCCUCAUUCUGUGCGCCAUGGCGGUGGAGCGGUGCCUGGCUAUCAGCUACCCUUACUAUUACUCCCAACACAUCAACAGGGGCUACGCCAAGACUUCCCUGCCCUUGAUCUAUGUCUUCAGCGCUCUAUUCUGCGCCUUGCCCAUGAUGGGCUUUGGCAAACACAAACAAUACUGCCCGGGGACUUGGUGCUUCGUCGAGAUGCAGUCCGAGGACAUCUCGGUGGUGGCAUUCUCGCUGUUGUACGCUAGUCUGAUCGCCUUCCUCAUCGUGGUCGUCUUGCUGUGUAACGCCUCGGUCAUUGUCAGUCUCUGUAAGAUGCACAGGGGCCAGAGGAGCAGGAGAGGCUCGGUCCUGUCCUCCAGGAAGCGGAGGAGGAGCGUCUUCGGCCAGAGGGAACUCGAGGUGGACCACCUAAUUCUUCUGGCCAUGAUGACCACCAUAUUCGGCAUUUGCUCCCUUCCCCUGACGAUUCGUGGAUUCAUCAACGCCAUCAAACCGGACGAGGAUGACAAUCAGGACCUGGUGGCUUUCCGCUUGUACUCCUUCAACCCCAUCGUUGAUCCCUGGCUCUUCAUCCUGUUUAGGAAGUCCAUGUUCCGAACAUUCAAGCAGAUCCUCUGCUGCCGCUUCUCCGAGUCCAUCGUACGAACCAACCUCCAAGACCCGUUGAAACACCAGAGCAUUUCGCUGUGCUGAGCGAGGGGAGGGGAGGGUUGGCACACAGGUGCUUCAGAGGAAGUGGCUCUGUGCCCAGCGUGAGACCUCACCAGGGUAAAUGCCAAGGGGACUUGUACCGGAACGCUGAGAGAGACUGGCACCUCAAUCAGCCACCAUUGACUCCUUCUUUUUAUGUCUGGCCUAAAGCUGCGACAACUUGUUCUAUUCUGAUGUUUAAGAAGGAACUGCAGAUGCUGGAGAAUCGAAGGUUACACAAAAAAGCUGGAGAAACUCAGCGGGUGCAGCAGCAUCUAUGGAGCGAAGGAAAUAGGCAACGUUUUGGGCCGAAACGUGUUCUAUUCUGAUCUUCUGUUUGUGCACGCCAGGUUAGAAACAUAGAAACAUAGAAAACAGGUGUAGGAGUAGGCCAUUCGGCCCUUCGAGCCUGCACCGCCAUUCAAUGUGAUCACGGCUGAUUGCGUUCGUCGAAACAGUGUGGACCAAGUGAAGGUUGCAAUCUCCCACCCCCACCAUUGACUGAGGCCCAAAACGUCGCCCAUUCCUUCUCUCCAGAGAUGCAGCCUCACCCGCUGAGUGUCUCCACCGCAUUUCGUGGGUCUACCGUUGUUUUAUGUCUCACCUGCUACCUUGGAAGGAGCUAGCAUCGACCUUCAAAGUUGAGCCAAGAAGAUGGAAUUCGAUUCCAACAUCAUCCCAACAUUUGCUCCCCCCCCCCCCCCCCCCCCCCCACGCACCACUCCGCCAUAAAAAAAAAUCCCUCAGCUUCACAGUUUAGCCUCUAAGCCACAGCGAUCAGUUUUAACAGCUUGAGUUAAAACAAGACUUGUCAAAAGCGGAUAAAUGGGAUUACGGACAGGACCAUUUGAUGCCUUGGGCACAGAGCUGUAACAUAUUAUAAUGCUCGGAUAUUUUAUUGAUGUCCUACCAAGGACGAAGAAACUGAAAACUCAGUGUUUUAAAGCAUUUGCUUCAACAGCAAGAUGUACAGAAAGAUGAAUGAAUAUUUAUAUUAGUUGUUGCUGAAAUUCGUAGCUCUUGUAAUAUGUGUGUGUGAGAGUAACGGCUCCUCACUAUGGUUGGAAAGGAGAACUGCAACAUACUAGUUGGUUAAGGAGUGGUCUCUGAUAUGCACGUUCUAUUGGGUAUAUAUAUUAUAUGUCUGUUCUAGAUUAUAACUGGCCGUGGUUGUCUGUAUCUGUUAUUUGUGUAGUGUGCUCUUGUGUGUGUGUGUGUGUGUGUGUGUGUG